AUGACAACAGGGAAAGAGGAGGCUGAGACGACACUGGUCGACUACUUUGUAGUAGCUGGAUAUGAUCCUGAUGUAGGCCUCGUGGUAAAUCACAGACCUCCUCUGCAAAGGUCUUUUGUAGCUAAAAUCUUGCACCACUUUCCACAGAAACGUGUGGGUGCUCCGUUCUCAGACGAAGUCUUAUCGUUAUGCAUGCCGAAAGGGCUUCGAUUCUAUACAGAAAAAGAUGUACCAUUGAACGUUUCGCUUCAUACUUUCGCAAACAUACGAGAAGACGGUAGUCGUAUCAACGGAACAGUCAUUACGUACUAUGAGGAGGUGCGGGAUCCUCGUAUCUGUGAGGCGAUGUCUCUGCUCCACACUGAGCAUGUGCGAAAAUUAACAGCUGGUGAACCUCCUCUCGAUCGAGAACGAACUCAUGUUCCUCCUGGGACUGUGUCAGGUGGUACACACACGUUACCGCGCGGUCGGAGAAAUCGAACGAAGCGUAUCUCUUAUUACGAUGGCGGCGGUCAUAACACCUUAUUCAUGAGCAAGACAUUAUGCCUCAUCACACGACUACCUUUGGUGUGCUCGACAACUGCGAUUCUACGGGCAAUACAUGAGUUGCUCACUAGUGCUUCUCAACCUCCUUUACCACUCGAAAGUUAUAUUUACUGGAUUCUCAACGAAAUACCGCUUCCCUCGCCCGGGACAACGCUUAAGGUAUCGAUGUUGGACGCCACAAUCCUUGUUCAACGACCGGGUUCCCGUGAGUUACCUAUAUUUGACGAUUCGCUUGCGUCUAUGUUUCAGUAUAUCUCUGUGGAGAAAUUUCUAAGGUUAUUCGCCUGCUUCUUGCUCGAACACCAGAUCUUGUUGUGCUCAAAAGAUUAUUCUCGUUUAAUGUGCGUUAGUGAAUCAUUGUGUGCAUUGGCUUUUCCAUUCCGAUGGCAAAUGGUUUACGUGCCAAUACUCCCUUACUCGCAGCUCAAAUUUGUUGAGGCGCCUGUACCGUACGUUAUGGGUUGGUGUUAUGAGGAGAGCGUGCCAGAGUUUCUUUUCCAAUCUAAUGUAUGUGUCCUCGACAUCGACACGGGGCGUACAGAAUUCCCUGAAGACCUUCCCCCAUUUCCUGGAGCAAAGCAACUGUGUCAAGAAAUCAAAUCGGCCAUUGAGAGGUAUUCGACGCUGGACGACAUGUCGAAAUCUGUCAUUAGUGGCACCACACCUUCUGGUUCCCCAGCGGUAACUAAUCGCAGCAAUAGUAUUCGUCGAAACGAGGAAUGGUCAGCGAAACGGAUGAGUCGUUCUUUCGACAGGGACGACGUUAUAGAUGAUUCUGUACUGCUUUCGCCUCGUCCAUCUCGUGCGGACCUCACUCCUUUGCCCUUAGAAGGUGUACUGAAGAAUAAUUCUACCGUUGCUAGAGUGGCAGAGAUUGCUCGGCGUGCUGGAGUUCUUAUAGAUGUGCAAGACCUUGAGCAGGAGCUGUCAUGUAAAGAUCAGUAUGCAAAUUCACCAGUUUGUAAGCAGUAUUUCCAGAAUGCUCGGCUCAAUAACGCUAUUCGUGAAUGCGUCUUGAACAGGAUUGUCUGCAUGUUGUACUCCUAUGAACAUUUUGUCGUUGGCGGGCAAGGCUGCACAGAUAAAGAAACAUUCGAUGAGAGCAGGGAUAGUCUUGUUUGCUUUGACAAGGCAUCGUUCUUAUCUGAUCAGCCUGACAGCCAUUUGGCGUUCCUUGCUGCGUUUUUGGAAACACAGAUGUUCACAUCGUUGAUUGAUGCGAAGAUUCUCUCACAGUGGGAAGCUCCUGACGAGAAUUUAGUUCUUUUCGAUUCACGGAUAGCAGCUAUGAGAGAGAAGCUUGGACUUUCUAUGGUCCGGACCCCAACAUACGAGUCAACGCCACCAUUUGCCCACACUGAGGAAUUGAUUUCGAAGCGAGAGGAGACGCUCGAUUACGUUGUGCCGGGCCCACAUGAACUCGCAGGAGCUGUGCCAAUGAGAUAUGAAGGAGUUUGGCCCGAACAAAUUAAUACAGCCUUACUAGAAGGUGCCAUGGGACUUAGUCCAGCGCCUAGCCCGUGGAAGCAACGGUACCCCCGUUUGAGGCCUAAACAACAGGAGGUACGAAUCAAUGCCACAAGUCGCCCAACCAGCACGUAUGGCGGAGCCGGUUUGGUCGGUGACUCUGCGCAAGUUGCUCAGCAGCAACUCAAGUUCGUGGAACAAUUGCUGCGGGAAACCAAAGGCAAGACGAAGCGCAUGCUUGUGGACAAGAUGGGGAAAGAAGCUGUACAGUUGGGCCAUCUAGAUGCUGGCAUAACAGGUGUCGAAGAAAACACUCUUGUGGCAUCGUUUUGUGACCUGCUGGAGAGGAUAUGGGCACACGGUUUGAUUAAGAAACAGGGAAAGUCUGCGCUCUGGAGCUUUGUGCUUCAGCAUCAAGACUUAGAGAAAACUUGUUUGUCGACACGGACCAUGUCAUCAUCCAUGCUCACUCCAGGUACUUUCUUACGAUGUCCAUCUCUACCACAUUGCGAGGUGCCUGCGCCAGUGAUACUACAGCCGGCGAACGAAAACGAUUUUGUGGGCGCUCUGUCUGAAAUCGUGGAAUCGAUUCAACGUGAGCUAGGAAAAGCAGAUGAGGAAAACGCACCUGCAUGGUCGCGUUCUAUCUUAAGAGCUGCCAACUUUCUCGCCGAUAAAUUGACCAACGAACCAAAAGAAGAAGCGCGAGGCGUGCUUUCAACAGCGUUCGCCCAGAGGCCACCAACUUAUCCGAAAUCAUCCAUAAUAUUUCUCGCCUGUUCAGACUUCACCAACUCCAGCUGGAACAGUGAAAUAGGAGCUAACCCAGAGGUCACUGGUUCUCCUCGCAGGCGCUCUCAAAGUCGGCCUCGUAGCCCUGAAAUGGGCGCUCGUGUUGUGUUAGCUCCGCUUCCAACCCACGUUGCUUAUGACCUCAAGAAUGUUUUGCGAAUGACGGAAAUCAAAACUGAUAUUGGUUAUGCGCGUGCGUUCGUUCGCCUUGCUCUGGAGCGGAAGCUUCUCCAUCGUCAUCUGGCUACACUUCUGGGGAACAACAGGCUGUUAAGUGAGCUCUACAAACAGUAUGCUUUCGUUCGGUGUGAAGAUGAACGGGAACAGUUCCUUUAUCACAUAUUGUCUCUCAAUGCUGCUCAGUUCCGCUGCUUCACGAACACCUUCACUAAAACAAAGAUGGAUUACCAGGUCGUAAUAGUAACUGGUGGUUGGAGAGGAUCGCUGCCAGCAGUAUGGGUUACAGUAACUGUGUUGCUGUUAAGGUGGGAGGAAGUCUGUGCAGCAGUCCUCAAAUCAAUCUACCUGCUAACACAAAACCAACAUUUUUUUCUUCAUUCGUUAAACCAAGAUCGAGGUAUAUUUAAGCACAAAAACCUUGGAGUCCUUUCAACUCUUCGAAUUGGUCAUGCACCAGGUCCGGAGAAACCUCCGAAGUGGUAUUUGGAGUAUGUUAUUGUACGCAACGAAAUAACUGGUCAGAUGUACCGAUUCCCUUGUGUUGAGGACAGCAGGUGGUUUGGAAACGGCUGCGACGUAAGCUUGGAAAGACUGUUGGUUGCGGAACCUAUAUGUGAUGAUGAUGGUGCCGAUUCGGCGUUCAGCACCGUGCCAAAUUCCCCAGCCCGAAGUGCUAGGCGCGGACGAGUUUCAUCACGCAGUCAAACUCCUCAGCGGGAGCGUAGUCCUUCGCAGAGCCGUGGACUUGAUUCAACGGCUAACCGAAGAACUCGCAUAACGGAGAUCCAGCAAAUCCUUGGGGAGGCCGUCAAUUCUUUAGUAAAGUAUUACUAUAGCGAAAAGCACUCGAAAAGCGAAUUGGCGCAUUUGUUGUGUGGAGAGCGUGGUCUAGUAAACGCUAUAGAGCAGGCCUUUCAAUUUGGUCGACAUGGAACUGUGUGGUUGUUUCGACAGCCUUCACCGUGGGACUAUGUUGGUGAGUGUCAAACUUUUAUCUUUCUUUAUCAUUUCUCUCUGAUGGAAUAUAUAUAUCAUUAUCAUGACGGAAAACUAUCCUACUUUAUACUAUAA